CCAUAUUGGAAACAGUGAUUGCUGCAUGAACGGUAGUCUUUGGCAACUGGUUGUUGGCAGCUGCAGUGUUGUUAUCAAAUGAUAAUCAAAUGAGGUGGUUCGAUUGAGGAGUCUAGGCACUAACUCGUAUGUUCUGUUAUUGCCACAUGGCCUAGCCAAUUUGUUGGGAGGAGUCAAAGUUGUGAUCUUUGCCUUUUGUAAAAUAUCACAACUUGAAAGUCAACAUGGGCGAUGAGGCAAAUGGUGUUGCAAGUAAAAGGAAAAAGUAUGUGCGAGUUUGGUGCGAUGGGUGUUACGAUAUGGUUCACUUUGGACAUGCGAAUCAACUUCGACAGGCAAAGGCCAUGGGAGACUAUCUUAUAGUCGGUGUUCAUAGCGACGAUGAGGUAGCAAAAAACAAAGGCCCGCCCGUUUUCAAUGAACAGGAGAGAUAUAAGAUGGUCAGGGGAAUAAAAUGGGUUGAUGAGAUCGUAGAAGGAGCCCCUUAUGUGACUCAGCUUGAUGUCAUGGAUAAGAAUGGCUGUGAUUUCUGUGUUCACGGGGAUGAUAUAACCACCACAGCAGAUGGAACUGACACAUAUGAAAUUGUCAAAAAUGCUGGAAGGUACAAAGAGUGCAGGCGUACUGAAGGUGUUUCCACAACUAAUUUGGUUGGGCGUAUGUUGUUGAUGACCAAAGAGCACUUUGACCAUGGCACUCCAAUCUGUAGUGUUGAUCCACGUAUGUUGAAAAGUCUAAGUUCAAGCAGUGACGCAUCCAGCCCAAGUCCAUACACCGGUGUGUCUCAUUUCCUGCCCACAUCAAACAAAAUUGUUCAAUUUUCUGAUGGUGUUGAGCCUCGACCAGGGGAGAAGAUUGUUUAUGCCCCUGGAGCAUUUGACCUGUUCCAUGUUGGGCUACUUGACUUUCUUGAACAAGCAAAAAAGCUUGGUGACUAUCUUAUAGUCGGACUCCAUACAGACACGGAAGUGAAUCGUUAUAAAGGCAGCAACUACCCAAUCAUGAAUUUGCAUGAACGGGUUUUGAGUGUUUUGGCUUGCAAAUUUGUUAACCAGGUCAUUAUUGGUGCUCCUUAUUAUGUGGAGAAAGAUCUUAUAAAGCAAUUCAAGAUCGAUGUUGUUGUACAUGGAAAUACAAAUGUGUCUGCAGACAAACUUGGUAGAGAUCCCUAUGAAGUUGCAAAGGAAAUGGGCACAUUUCAAACUAUUGACAGUGAAAAUCCACUGACAACUGCAGAUAUUGUGGAGCGUAUUAUUAGAAAUAAAUUUGAAUUUGAAGCAAGAAACAAGAAGAAGGAGGCAAAAGAGAUCGCAAUCAUAAAAGGAAUUGAAGAAAGAAAAGGCCAAGCGGAGCAAUAACAGCAGAAGGCUUCUUAAAGACUUUUUCAACAUUUAUUAGGUAGACUGUUUUCCUUUAUCUUUGUAGUUUGGUAAAAUCUCGAAUUAGUUUAAAGGGUUAUUUCAAAAUAAAUUAUUUAAAAUCAAAUUCUUGUUCUAUUUUUUUGGUAAACUAAUUAAUAGAUUUAAACACAUCUGAAUAGUAUAAAUAUAAAAAUGUAUAGUUUUCGUGUCUUCUCAGAACUCCAUUCAAUUUGAAUACAUUUUAAAGCUCUUA